AGCAUCAGCAAGAACAUGGCCACAACGAAGACUGAAGGGAACCUGGCCAUCUGCCUGGCACCAAACCUGCUGAGCCCACCCCAAAUGCUGACCCUGGAUGUCCUGGCUCUGGAGACAGGGAAGGUACGCUGUGUUCACCACCCGGCUACAGCGUCCCCAGCCCAGCCCAGCUUUGCUGCUCAGAGGUCCCUGGCUGCCUCCUCCUGUCAGCAAAGCCAUGGGCAGCAGCCAGGAAGAGCAGCCCCACGGCUGCACCUUCCUGCACAGAAACACAGGUCAGGCUGGGAAAGGCUGUUUGAGCCCUCAUCAGCCCCCUCAGUGAAACCAGUGGUUUGCUGUGUGCAGGUUACGCAGCUCAUGGAGUUCCUUAUUGACCACCAUGAGGAACUCCUUGGAGAGGAGGUGGCUGGGCUGGCCAGAGAGGGGGAUGAGGAGACACCAGCACCAAAAGCAGAGCUGGAAACUGCAGAGGUACCUCCUGUUGCUCCUGAGAGUGAAGAGCAGAGGAGCUUUUCUGGGGAGAAAAGAUAAAACUGCCUGGCUUUGCUUGGUUCAAGGUAAUCAAGGCUUCACCUGUCUAAUACUAUUGAAUGGAAAGGUUCCCAGGCUCUUCAUGCAAUACCAGAAAGCGAAGAGCAGCCUGGGAAGAGGGCAGCAAUGGGCCACCAUGUCAGAAGAAGAGCAAAACCGAGCUCUCAGGGAUGGGCGACUGAAGAAAUUCGAGCAGGUGAAGAACAAGGCACCCAGGAAUGUAGCAGAGCCUGUGUUUCAUCUUUUUGCCAAGCUCUGAGUAUAGAAAACAUUACUGAGGUGCACAGGAGGGUCCUGGACAGGUG